GCCGGCAAAUCAUGUUCACCUUUUGCCAUGAUGACGAUUCCCAGCGAAGACUAGCUUUCUCUGCAUCCCUGAUAGCAGUUCUCCCCGUAAUCUAUCUCGUCUAUCGCAAAGUUUUCGCUACGAACCAAGGUCCCUCCCGAAACUCUCCAGCAGGAUCUUCAAAUUCUACAGCUGCAUCUCUGGCAGCCCAAGGUCAAGCACCAAACGCGCAGAAAAGAGAGACGAAAUCGAUAAUGCAACCAGCAAAGACGGAUUUGGCACCGCCAAAGGAUGACCCAUUUACCCUGGAGCAGUUGAAGGAGUUUAAUGGCAGUGACCCUACUAAACCGAUUUAUGUUUCCAUAAAAGGUACCGUAUUCGACGUUUCGCACAAGAACGACGUAUAUGGAGCUGGGAAAUCGUAUAACGUGUUCGCGGGCACGGAUGGUUCGAGAGGAUUGGGGAUGUCGAGUUUGAAGCUGGAAGAUGCAGUGCCGGAUUACAGUGUACUGGAUGAGAAGGAUAUGAAGACGCUAAAUGAUUGGCAUGAUUUUUUUAAGAAACGGUACAACAUUGUCGGGCGCGUUACAGAUCUUCCGCUUACGGUAGUUCCCCCAAAUCUUUAAUCUUUACUCGUUUUUCUCCUCAGUUUGCACUACAAAAACUACCAUCACGUCUACGUCCGACUUGAAGAGCUAUUGAUUCCGGUUUCCCUGUUUGUUCCGUUCGUUAUCGUCGCUGUAUAAUGUAUAGCCUCUUCUCGAAUACAAGGUGUAACGGGGUAACGUGUAUCCGUCACGGCAUAUACGAAACAUUGUCACAUCGAUCAAACCGAAGAGGGUUUUGCUCGAACGCGGAUGGUUAUACUGUAAG